AUGGUGCUUUCGUUUAUUCUGAUUCAGAACAGGCAAGGGAAGACGCGGUUGGCGAAGUGGUAUGCGCCGUACAGUGAUGAGGAGAAGAUCAAGCUAAAGGGCGAGGUACACCGCCUUAUCGCGCCCCGCGACCAAAAACAUCAAUCCAACUUCGUCGAGUUCCGCAACAUGUCCAAGAUCAUAUACCGCCGAUACGCUGGCCUCUUCUUCUGCGCAUGCGUCGACACAAAUGAUAACGAACUGGCAUAUCUAGAAGCUAUCCACUUCUUUGUGGAGGUGCUAGAUGCAUUCUUUGGCAAUGUGUGUGAGCUGGAUUUGGUGUUCAACUUCUACAAGGUGUAUGCGAUCCUCGACGAAGUGUUCCUGGCAGGCGAGAUCGAAGAGACGAGCAAACAGGUUGUGUUGACGCGAUUGGCACACCUGGAUAAGCUGGAAUAA